CCCACCGGCAGGACAGCAGCUCGCACCGAGACCUUCCUGCCAGCAGCUCAGGGUCCGAAAUGGAGACGAUCUCGUCGUCGCACCCCAUCGACUUCACCCUCAAGUCGGCGGCGGUCAACAACAACAACCUGGACGAUUCGUCCUACCUUUACCAGAGGCACAGCAGUCCGAGCAGCUCGCCGAACGUCAGCAGGUCGCCGAGCCCUGCGGCGCCUAACUCGGCGCCACCUUCAGGGCUCAACCUGUUUCUCGGCAAGGCCAACUCCAACUCCAGUGCUUUCAGAAUUGUCACCCCCAAAGGCAAAGGCGAUGAUUUGAAAAGCUCGUCAAGUCCAGGGACUGCUUCGUCAGCGGCCACCCCGGCGGCCGCCUCGCUGGCCGGUCUGAACUACUACAGCCGUCUGUGGGGCGCCGCACCCCUCAUCAAGGAGAAACAGGCCCAGAGCCCCGCCGCAGACGAGCCCACAAGCAAAGGGAGCAUCACAUUUGGAGUGAGCCGACUGGUGGACUCCCGCAAAAACCCCUCACCCUGCGACGAGGACAAGCCCUCGUCUCCUUCACCGCCACCCCCGACCAGCAAGGCCGACUCUUCCAGCAGCAAAACCCGCGUCUGGCUCGGCGGCCGCGACACCCCCGACUCAAAACAAAACGCGGUCCAACCUCCGGCAAAACACUCGGAGACUUUCAGCGUCAGCGCCCUUUUGAGCCGACCUGACCCCGCGCGCAGGGUCCUUCCUGACGUCCCGCGACCCUUUUUCUACCCUGGCCUCGACCUGAAGGAGCAUGCCCACUUCAUCCCCCGCCACUUUCCCCUCCUCGGCCUCGGCCUGUACGACCGCGAAGGCGGCCAGGCCCCUCCCCACUUUGGCUCCCUCUACUUCAGUUUGGCCGCAGCGGCCGCGGCCGCCUCCCAACCGGCCGUCACCUCGCCUAAUUCCACGGCCUCACCCAACUCGACGGCCUCCUCAACGUCGCCCCCGGAGGCGGGAUCGGCCGCCCCUUACCACGAGGAACUGUUCCGCCUCCGGCACCACUUCCACCACGCCAUGCAACACGCGGCCGUGGCCGCCGCGGCCGCCGCCAUGGCGAACGGGCCGUCGGCCAAGUCGCAAGAGACGGGCGGGCUGUUGAGGCCCGUGGGGCCCCUCGGGGACGUGUACUCGUGCAUCAAAUGCGAAAAGAUGUUUUCGACGCCGCACGGCCUCGAGGUGCACGCCCGGCGCUCCCACAACGGCAAACGGCCGUUCGCCUGCGAGCUGUGCAACAAGACGUUUGGACACGAGAUCAGCCUCAGCCAGCACAGAUCUUGUUGCAGGGCGGUGCACAGCGUGGAGAAGAUCUUCGAGUGCAAGCAGUGCGGAAAAACGUUCAAGCGUUCGUCCACCCUGUCCACGCAUCUGCUGAUCCACUCGGACACCCGCCCCUACCCCUGUCAGUACUGCGGAAAACGCUUCCACCAGAAGUCUGACAUGAAGAAACACACCUACAUCCACACAGGUGAAAAGCCCCACAAGUGCUCCGUGUGUGGAAAAGCGUUCAGCCAAUCAUCAAACCUGAUCACCCACAGCCGGAAGCACACCGGAUUCAAGCCGUUCGCGUGCGACCUGUGCGGCCGCGCCUUCCAACGCAAGGUGGACCUUCGCCGCCACAAGGAGACGCAGCACACCGAGCUGCGCCCAUAGCAGAGCGCUGCGGGGGCGGCCGCCGCCCCCGCGCCUGCCAGGGCCGCCACCCAACCGCCGCCCCCGCAGACGUGGUCCUCGGCCGGGCCGCAGUGGCCGGCGCCGAGGGCCCUGUCCGCCUGGGGGCCCAUCCCGAACCGCAUGCCGUGGCCGUCUCCCUUGGCCGCCCCCGGGGCCGCCUUUCAGGCCGAGGGCGGUCGACCCGGCGGCCCCCAGAGAGACCCUUGGUCCUCUGCAUAAGUGAUAAACUGACGUGGACCUGACUUCGGGCCCCUUGGGACUGCACGUGUGCAACGCAAACCAAAGAGUUAUUAAUAUUAUUAUUAUUAUUAUUAUUAUGAAUUGUAUAAAUUUACCUACAAAUGUAUGUAUUAAUGAUAAAAACUAAAUUUAAAAUUGCUAUGAAAUAGCGUAACAGAGGAGAUAAUUCGCAUCUCAUCUGUUCAAAAUAAAAUGUUUUAAUUUUGGAAUUCUCAUAAAAUUCGAAUCGUCUCCUCAGUCUAGUGUGUAAAUAUGAAUGGAGCGUCAAAUAGUCAUUUUUGAUUAACUCUCUCUAUCUCUCAUAUCGAUGUUCAAUGUGCGUCAGACAUGUUGUGUUGAAAUUAAUACUCCUAAACUAUUUGCUCUAUAGUGGUGCAUCGGGAAGGGUGGUAAUAACAUCAGUAAUAAUUAAACGCAAUCGGGAUUGAUGUGGAUGUAAUUUGAUCGACAAACGCGGUAAUGAUAUGAUUUUCACUUUUGACGAGCACGCGAUUUUGGUGCACGCAAAACAAAUUGAAGCUUUUGAUUUGAAUUUAAAAAAAUUAAUAUGCAAGAACUUUGAAUCUUUAAUUGGACCAUAAUGCUUUUAUGCUCAUUCACAAUAAUUAUAUUCCUGUUUGUAGCACUUGGAUGUACUUGUGGAUACAGGCUAUACUGUCAUAAUGAUGCCUAUUUGAAUUUGUUUCAUUGUCAUUACCUAUUAUUAUUAUUGUAAUUAUCAUAAUUAUUAUGGGUGUUUUGUUGGCCGUUUUUAAAGGUUCAUUGCAGUGUAUUUUGUAAAAACCAAAAGGCACUUUUUGACAAAGUUCAUUGUUACAAAAUAUACGAUCAAAAGAAUAAAUUAUU